AGUCCAGUCCAGUUCCUGGGUCUUUGCUUUCUUGAACUGUAAUGGUCAGACCGCUCGGGCCAGGCUGUGGGUUGGUGGGGAGAAGCCUCGGUCGAGGGAAACCGCCUCAGGUCUGCAGAAGAAGGAGGCUUUUGCUCCUAGCCGGGUCUGCCUCGGCCUCUGUGGAAGAGAGUUUCUCUUCUACUUCUGCUUUCUCCGUUCCCGUCCUCGGGAGAGGCGGGACGUUCCCUUCUGGAAAGCAGCAGUCAGGUGUCGGACGCUAGGAUUCCCUCAGAAGGAGAGACUGGGGGCCGGGACUCCCGCAUUUGCGGGUGGAUGCGGCGGAGGCGGGGAUCGGCGGCCCCUGGUCGGCGCGGGGACACGUUCCCGCCAGAGGCUCUCACGCCCGGACUCAGAGCCGGCGGAGGCUUUGCACCCGCCCAUGGAGCAGCCAGGUGAACAGAUUCUGCAGCCCCACGCGAGGACGCGACAGGGGGCGGAAGCCGCUGGGGCGCGGCCGGACUCGGCGCAUCCAGCCAUGUGGGCACCCAGGCUCCGUCACCUCUGUCUGACCUUCCUGCUAGUCUGUGUUUUUGCCUCAAUCUCCUUCUUCUACAUCCACCAAGACCUCUUUCACAGUGGCUUAGGCCUGUCUGCCUUAUGUCCAGACCGUAACCCAGUGACAUCCCCUGUGGCCAUCAUCUGCCUGUUGGACACACCCGUAAACCCCAACGCCUCUCUUUCCUGUCCCAAGCAUCCUGCUUCCCUCUCAGGAACCUGGACUAUCUACCCAAACGGCCGGCUUGGGACAAUGGGGCAGUACGCCACGCUGCUGGCCCUGGCCCAGCUCAACGGCCGCCGGGCCUUCAUCCGGCCUGCCAUGCACGCCACCCUGGCCCCCGUGUCCCGCAUCCCCCCGCCCGUGCUGGCGCCUGAGCUGAACAGCCGUACGCCUUGGCAGGAGCUGGAGCUUCACGACUGGAUGUCGGAGGAGUACGCCCGACUGAAGGGGCCCUGGCUGAAGCUCAGGGGUUUCCCCUGCUCCUGGACUUUCUUCCAUCAUCUCCGGGAACAGAUCCGCAGCGAGUUCACCCUGAACGACCACCUUCGGCGAGAGACCCAGAGUUUACUGAGUCAGUUCCGGCUCAGCCGCACUGGGGACCGCCCGAGCACCUUCGUGGGUGUCCACGUGCGCCGUGGGGACUACCUGCAGGGGAUGCCCUAUCACUGGAAGGGUGUAGCGGGCGAUCGCGCUUACCUCCAGCAGGCUAUGGGCUGGUUCCGGGCCCGGCAUGAAGUCCCGAUCUUUGUGGUCACCAGCAACGGCAUGGAGUGGUGCCGGGAGAACAUCGACACCUCCCGGGGGGAUGUGAUCUUCGCUGGCGUUGGGCAAGAACGUGCCCCCGGCAAGGACUUUGCGUUGCUCACACAACGCAACCACGCCAUCUUGACCACUUGCACCUUCGGCUUCUGGGCCGCCUACCUGGCUGGUGGAAACGCCGUCUACCUGGUCAGCUUUACCCUGCCUAACUCCAGCUUCCUGAAUAUCUUUAAAGCCGAGGCCGCCUUCCUGCCUGAGCGGGUGGGCAUUAAUGCAGACUUGACUCCGCUCCGGACGUUGGCUGAGCAUUGAGCAGCAGGGAGACUUUCUGAAACAGUCUGAUCGACCUAGGGCCAGUGUUACGUAGCUCUGGAAGCCCAGCAGCUUCUGGAGAAGCUGGUGGUCCUGCAGCUGGUGGACACCCAUUUCUAGAGUGAUUCUAGUUGGCUAGACUUGGAGAAAAGGGGGGGGGCUGGCUUUCUGCAACUGCCAGAACAUUCUAGAAUCAAUGGAAGAUCCUUUGCUGGCAAUGUCUGAAGAAGCUCAUGGCGGUUCUAGAAUGCACAGUGCCCACCUGUUCUUCCCAGACCGUAUCCAGAGUACUUCUAGAUCACUGCCCCACCGGGAACAGGGGACUCCCUGUUCCAGCAUUGACCAUCCUGGUCUUUUUGAGAAGAGAUAUUUCUCUUCCCUGGGUCAUCAGGACAGAAGGAACUCAUGGAUGUGCUACAGCAAGCACUCACCAGCUUCCCUUCUGUGUUUCUGGAAUGAUUCCAGAGGAGGGAUUGUUUUCUGGAGAGGGUCAUCUCUAAUGCCUGUAAAGAACCCUGUGGGGACCUUCCAGAGGGGUUGGGAUUCUGGAAUUCUAGAUUACCUCAGCAAAGAAGCUAACAAAGGUAAAACCAGCAGCCCAACACCUCACCACUGCUAGAAAGGUUGAUGGAUGACAAACUUUCUGUAGCUGGGGCAGUUUGAGUGACAAGUGGAACUUUACCCAACAUUUCAGCCCCUGAAAAACCACAGAUAUGCUAAAACAUGGGAGGGGUGGGGGAAGGGAUGCUGCUGAAUGCUGCAGCUUAAGGAGCAAGGCUCUGCAGAGAUCUAGGAACAUCUUUUUUUUUUUUUUUUUUAAGCUCAAAACAGCCAAAGGUAGACAUGCACAUCUUGGCUCCAAGUUCAUGUUGCUUUACGCAAUUAAAGAAGUUUCCUCCUCUGCAGCUGGGCUGCUGGGGAGUGAUGGUGUAACAGGGAAGAACAAAAUCUGACUC